UACAAACAACAAAGAAAGCACCAUUUGAGCAACACUGCAUCCUGCUGUGGUCAGAGUCGUUGGUCCUCUUUUUGGUUCCUUAGCAUGCAACGCUGUGAGGCAUUCAGAAAGAGAACUGGCAUUUGAAGGCAUCACCUUGUGGAAGAGAGUGCUGAUAAUAUAUCAUCUUUGUAAAUUUUCUUUACCUGCCAUCAAAGGACUUAUAAUGCCAUCAGUCGGUCCCGCCUUCUUGAUCCUGGGUUUGGUUGUGGCUUCUGCUGUAGCAAAUCAAACAACAGAUAGUAACGUGAACAAAGAAAACCUCAGCAAUAAUUCCAGCAAUGUAACGCACCCUGUCACCAUCACCACUACCAGUAUCACUAAUACUGCUACCACCAACAUCACCAGCUCCAACGACACAGGCAUCUUCCCCGAUAACUUUGCUAUCACCGAUGACACGAACAUCACUGAUGUCAGCAGCACCACAAAUCCCUCGACCACAAGGCAGGAAGAUUCAGAUGAUGAAUCGUCGAAUGGUGGCGAAGGCGUCUCCCAGAAUGCCACAGUGUCCGUGACCACACCCGCACCCUUUACUUCACCUAAAAGCAAAACUGCCACUAGCACAACUGACAGGAACAAACACACCACCACCUCCCCUGCCCGCCGAGGAUCAGGUGACACCAUUGGCAUUAGCAUCUUAGUUGUGAUCAUCGCCGUAGCUGUUGUAUUUGUAAUUGCUUGCUGCUUUCUACGGAAGAGGAGAGAAAGGCGCUACUCUGUCGACCUCACUUCCAGACCAGAUGAAGCCAACAUCCCUCUUAGCACCGUGGAGCCUGAGCUGCAUAUAGACAGUGUUUCUCAGAACGGUCUGCAAACUUUUGAAAAUACAGCAACCACUAAAAAAGAGUCACAAGAACCAGAGGCAAAACCAGAAGUGCAGGAGGAGCAGAAAGGUGAGGCUGAUAAAUCUGUUGUUGAUCCCAGCGCUGAGUCUGCAGCUCCACACAGCUCUGAGUACAAACCCAAACAGGUUGACGCUGAACAGAGUCUUCCUGCGCCUGUGGAGCUGAGCAUGGAGGAGAAAACUGAUGACGAAGGCAUCGUCUCCAACAAGACCUCAGUGGAAUCGCUGAAGGAGAAAAACGAGAGCAGCAACAACAAAGCUGGCUUGACAGGAGACUGAAGACUCGUCAGGUGAAGUGACCACAGUGGAAACUGUGAAAAAUAUUUGCUCUCCUGUCGGAAGGUAAUUUGUUGUAACACAGCAGCUUUUUCAAAACUAAAUGUCGGGCUGAGCUCAGCUUUUUAUACAUUUUACUCAUCACUGAAUUUUAAUCAAAAGUGUUUUGAAAACAAGAUUUACUGGAUUUAUAGACUAAAUGUUAAUUGGUUUGGUACAAUUUUGCUUUAAUAUAAAAGUUUUUUUUUAAUUAUUAUUAUGAGUCACCUUAUUGAUGGUGAUUUAAGUGUACAUACAUGAACAUUGUUAUAUUUCAGUGUAAGUAUAAAUACAAGCAUUAGCAGUCAGUAUGCACUGCCAUUUCCCUAUCGUAGCUUUAAAUAUACAGUAGGCUUGUAACCUUUUAGUCUAAAACUGCUCUUUACACAUUAUUUAAAGUUCAUGGCAAAACAUUACAAGGGCUUUUUCAUGAGUAUUUUUGGUACAUAUUUGUAAAAUAUGAUAUGAUAUAUAAAUAAGCAAGAUAGUAUAGGUUUGCCAGAUUUAAAUCACUGUUCUUGUAUCUGUUUAAGAAGCAAUGUUUUUAUUAUAGAUGCUGCAUUUUGCUUUUUCAUUUUAUCAGUAGUAUUAAAGUGUCUGUUAUGCUAAGAAAGUGCUAUGAUGUGAAUGUCA